AUGACAAUUGCUAUAGCAGUCGACUUCAGACUAGGUUCUUCCGCUUCAAAUUCACCUCUUCUUGAAAACACUAACCACAAGCCCAGCUUUUUGUUAGAACGAUCUGAACUGCACUCUUGCUAUCUUCCAAAACGCUCUACAGCCGUUCUUGCAAAUCAGACUGACAAUUCGUCAUGUAUUCAUCACUCAGGCCAGUUUGUUCGGUCUGCUCCUUCCUUGUCUUCCAUUCCUCCAUCGCUUAUUUAUUUGCCUCAACGAAAUGAUUCGCCCAGUAAAGCUACUUCUCAAAUCCCCAUUGUAGCUGGGAAUGUCCCUGGCUUGCCUAGUAAACAUAAUCAGGCUUGUUUGGCGAGUAAGGAAGACACCUAUGUUCUUGACCCCAGCGGAUCGAACAUGUAUACGAGGGUGGUAGGGGACCAAGAUGUUCCUGGGUUUGAAAUUGAUGUGCAGGGGAACUGUGACCAUUGUGUGUCUGAAGCUGGAGUCGGCAUUUACAAACUUGUUCCCAAUUCAUUAAUAGAUCAACAGGUGCCUCUUUCGUCACAAAUAUUACUACAUCCACAUUACCAACCUCAGCUCAAUCCUCUAGACUAUCAGGAAAACAAUAUGCUUUUUCAACAGCAGAUAGGACAGAUAAGGCAUUCACUAGAUCAAGAAGCCCAGUUGCAUCUCCUACGAGUUGGGCACAACCAAGAUCUGCAUCCAUUGCAACUAAAAGGCAUGCAAACGGUUUCGGAAGCUGGACUCAGUUCACCUCAGUUCUCUUGGCUUGUGCGUUCAGACGAAGUUAUUAGCCGAUCGGGGUUUGGCAGCGAGUCUGCGGAAGAGACCCAUCGAUUAGUUGGCGUUCAGCCGACUUCUGAUUAUUUUGAGAGCGCGUUUCAGAACAUAAAAAAGUGA